AUGGCUCUGGCAAGGCCCGACACUGGCGCUCCUGGUCCCUCUUCCCCUUCAACAUCGCCAAAGUAUGAUGUUUUCUUGAGUUUCAGAGGGGAAGACGUUAGAUAUGGUUUUGCUGCUCACUUAUGCUCUGCGUUGGAUCGCCAAGGAAUUUACACUUUCAGGGAUGACGAGCACUUGGAGAGAGGAGAACUUAUUUCUGAUCAACUCCGCCAAGCUAUUGUGCAAUCUGAGAUCGCCAUCGUUGUGCUCACUGAAAACUAUUUUUCUUCCAGGUGGUGUUUGGAGGAAUUGGUGACUAUCGUAGAUUCAAGAGACGACCGGGGUCAAAUAGUUGUUCCGGUUUUUUAUGGCAUAGAUCCAUCAGACGUACGACAUCAGAGACGAAGCAUAGCCGCAGCUUUUGAGGAACAUGAAGCUAGAUGUUCAGUUGAUACAAUUCGAAGAUGGAGAGAAGCGUCGACUAAGAUUUCAUAUCUGCGCGGUUGGGUUGCAGAAAUUGUUGGGUAA